AAAGUUUACGACUGCGCAAGCGCCGCUCAGACCGUUGAUGGCGCUCGCUGGAACCGCUUGGCACACGUCGCGUUACUUGGCCGCCAGCGCGAUUUAAACCGCCAGUUGACAAAGUGCGUUUUGUACCCCACUUGCGAACCCCGUAACCCCCGAAAGAAUCUUCGGCGACGAAUUUACUGAUAGAAAGGUAUUUCCCAAUAACAUACAUACUUGCUUUUAUAAAACGCAUUAAAAAGACAAAAUACAAAUAUGGCAUUGUCGAAGAAAAUCUGUCGGAGCAGCAGACAAAAAAAUAUAUUAACGUUUCUGGAAAAAACAUCAAAAAAAUCAGCAGAUACACCAAACCAAAUCAGCGGAGCACUUGCAUCCAGUAACUCAGUUAUCUACGGCUGUCUGAUAGUACUCUUCAUUGCAUCUGUAACCACGGCCAAAGCACCGGAUCAGGAAGCUAUCCAUCACAAAAAUGACGAAUUUCCGGAAGAGGAAGGCGACAUGCUGAUGGAGCCAAAUGAUUUUUCGCCAAUCACUGUACUAAAGUCACAUGAACAACACUUUCAUAUGCCGCCCACAACGCAUCUUCAGCCACAAAUUCAAGCUAGAAUUCAUCCUAGAGUUCAACCCAGAAAAUUUCAAUCCGCAGCCCAACAAAAUGCUGAUGGGGAGGAGCCAUUCCGGCCCAUUGCUAAUCCAAAUACGAAGAUUGUUGGCGAUUCUCAUACGCAGGCUGCCCAAAAUUUCUACCCACCUUUCUACCAUGAGGCUCCUCCACUGGGCCACUCCAGACCCUAUUUUGGACACGGCCCGCCUGUAUCGGAGACAACUCCUUUAUCCUUACCCCUUCCACUCUUGUCAACUCAACAACAACAGCCAGCAACUCAGCAGCGGACUUUCGAUGCCAGUAUACUUGGAAGUGGGGAUUUUGGUGUCCUUAGAGGUGGAACUUUCUAUCCGGAGGAGGAAAUGCCCUAUCACCCCGAAGAUAACAGUGAUUACAUCUAUGGAGACGCUAACAAUGGACACGGUCGACCAUCCGAGGGAUUUGUACAAAAGUACACAUAUCCAGAGGAGCAGUUUGCCAAUUUUCGCGAUUUUGCCGAUAUCAACACGCCCGCUGAUACGGCAUUUUCGCAAUUUGUGGUGGUCUAUGCGGCCAAAAAUGCCACUGCACCACACUCUCAUCCGCAUCCCAAAAACAUAUUUGAACAGUUAGAGCAGCUGGACAGGGAAAAAGAGCCGAAAAAGACCGAAUUUGAUAAUAAAACUUCUUCGAAAAUAAAGUCGAAAUUGUCUAAUACAAAGUUGCAGAAGAAAUACCGAAAAAAACCUGCUCCCAAAGUCCAGGAUCCUCAAGAAAUAGAGCCUUUAUUAGCUCUAAGUUAAGCGUCAAAAAGAAUAAGCCUAAAAAGCACGCACCCAAACUUUUUAAUACCGUUGUUAGUUUUAUUUAUUAUAUUUCGAGAUGAAUGCAAACCACAACAAAGUGUAAUAGCCAC